UAUGCUGGAACUUCUGCCAUCCACAAAUGGAACUGGGGAAUCCCAAAAAAACACCCAGCAUUUGGACUUUGGAGAUGGACUGACAGAAACAGAGUGAGAGAUGGGGAUUAGAUCCUCUUUGUUGGGUCUUCUCCCAUUUGCAGCCAUGGUGAUGAUUGAGUGCCUGGAUGUGGGUUUGACCACACUCAGCAAAGCAGCCAUGUCCAGAGGGAUGAGCAACUAUGUCUUUGUUGUCUACUCAAACGCUCUUGCCACUCUCAUCCUCUUUCCCUCUUCUUUUAUCAUCAACAGGAACAGCAGGCCUCCGCUGACAAUCUCUCUCCUCUGUAAAUUCUUCCUUCUUAGCUUUGCUGGGAUAACAGUAAUGCAGAAUUGUGUAUUCAUUGGCGUAAGCUACAGCUCUCCUACACUUGCAUCUGCUAUUGGAAAUUCAGUCCCAGCAUUCACUUUCUUGUUUGCUGUCAUCUGCAGGCUUGAAAAGGUCGAUUUGAGAAGCUCAAGAAGCCAGAUCAAGAUCUUGGGCACCCUGGUAUCAAUCUCAGGAGCAUUGAUUAUUAUCUUUUACAAGGGUCCGCGAAUUGGCGCUACGCCAAUUCAAGUCUCUAAUAACUCUCAUCGGUCGCAACAAUUUCCAUCCACUAUGCUUGCAACAACAAAUAAUUGGAUCAUUGGAGGUUUUUUCCUUGCGACUGCUUCUUUGUCUCUUUCAGUGUGGACUACUGCUCAGGCAGCAAUUCUAAAAGGUUACCCUUCAGAGAUGACCAUAGUCUCCUUCUAUAGCUUCUUUGGGACAAUCCAAUGUGCAAUGGUUUCUUUAAUUGCAGAAAGAGAUCCAAAUAAGUGGAAAUUAAGCCCUGGUAUUGAGCUGGUCUCCAUCGUCUAUUCAGCUGUUUUUGGAAGUGUGGUGACAUUUAGUGUAGUAACGUGGUGCAUACAUAAGAAAGGGCCUUUGUUUGUCACCAUGUUCAAGCCCUUGAGUAUCGCUAUUGCUGCUUUUAUGGGUGUCAUCUUCCUUGGCGACACACUCCAUAUUGGAAGUGUAAUCGGAGCAGCUGUCAUUGUUGCAGGAUUUUAUGCAGUGUUAUGGGCACAAUCCAAAGAAGAGGAAAAGGGUAAAUUCCAUGAAGUUGAUAGGCUACAGUCACCCUCCCAGCAGACCCCUCUCUUGGAGAGCCAGACACAUGAAUAAUAAAUAGUUGAACUUAUUAUAUGGUGAACAUAUUCAAGAAUCAAAGGGAAUGCAGAUGUAAUUAUAUAAUACUAGGCUUUCACCUCACAUUUAUAUCAAUAUAUAUCUAAAAGUUAAAGCGUA